AAGCUGAUAAGGGAAGCCUCCACUUCACGGUGCGUUAUGGUGAGGAACUCACCGAUUCCUCCAUACAAAGGCGGGUGUGAAUCAUGGCGCCAACCGUCACGGAUGGACGCGAGGGAGAACGUGACCCAGAUGACCCAGGACAGGGUGAAGGGUCGACAGAGGCCAUCCCUCGAGUUCUCAAAGUGUCGAUGGAGGAGGUGGACCGGCACGAGGAACAUCGCAUCGCCCGAUACCGUCUCAAUGGAUACGUAGGUGGAGACCUUGGGAAAGUCGUCCUCCUGGUCGGUGCCACCGGGUCAGGGAAGAGCACUUUGGUGCAAGGGCUGGUCAAUCACAUGUCCGGAGUGAAAUGGGAGAUGGAGAGGAGAUUCCAGGUGAACAUGGUGAAGGAAUCCGCGAAAGAGGAUGAGGUAACGGAGAGCCAGACGACAUGGGUCACCGGUUACACUCUGACCGACCCCGAUCGGCCCGAUCGGGUCCUCACUGUGGUCGACACCCCCGGGUUCGGCGACACCGGCGGCCUCGGCGUCGACGAGUUCAUCCUCAAACAGGUGCGAACGUUCUUCAAGGAAUUCGGAAUCCGCGAACUUCACGCUGCGGCCGUGGUCGUCCCCGCUCCGACGUCCCGUCUCAGCCCGGCCGAGAACUACGUCUUCAAUUGCAUCCGACAGUUGUUCGGCAAGGACGUCCGCAACAACCUCUACCUGUUGCUCACGUUCUCCGACUGCGAACGGGGUCCAGCCGCGGACACGGUGAAAGGGGCGGGGAUCCCCUUCGUCAAGCACUUCCAAGUCAACAACUCCGUCCUCUACGCGGAUCGAGCCAAGGCCGAUCUCCUGGCUGAAACCUAUUGGAACAUCUCGGUCGAGGGAUACGAGGGAUUCCUGGACGAGGUGUUUCGCGUGAAACCUGUGAGCCUGGAGUUGACCGAGGCCACCAUGGAGGAACUCCAGACCUGGGAGGAACAGUUUCACGAACUUCACCUCCAAUUGGAUCGAAGUUUCAAGGAGCUUGCGAAAUUCCGGGAGGAGUGCAAGUCCUCGGAGCCGGACCCCCCAGGUCUAGACGAAAAACUGAAGAGGCUUAAGGAAGAGAUCCGCAAAGUGAUGACCGACGUGGACCACCACCGAGCGCUGCUGCAGGGGAAGUCCCUCGAUUCCCACCAGAUGACGUCCAUGGAUUUCAUCUCCCUCGUGAUCGACACCGAGGUUCGGGAAAGGAAAAUGGGUCAUCGAGAUCGACUCAAGCUCCUCGAGGCUGUCAAGGCCGAUGCCCCCAUCGAUUCCCAGGAAGAAGAGAAGGAGAAGAAAAAAGAGAAAGAUGAGAAGGAAGAGAAGGAAGAGAAAAAAGAAAAGGAAGAGAAAGAAGAGAAAGGAGAGAAAGAAGAGAAAGAAGAGAAAGAAGAGAAGGAGAUCCCGAAAGAGGAGAGUUCGGAAGUGAGCGACGUCCCUCGCGACUUCCCGGGGAGUCUCCAAGAUGCUUCGAAGCAGACGAUGGAGAAGGCGGGAGCAGAAGCGGAAGACGAAUCCCCUGCCCAACAUCACCCACAGGAGGAGGAAGGAGUGUUCCGAGGAGGGAUAUGGAACUCCCUGAGGGCGAGCAUAAAGAAGAUGCGCGCUCGACCGCGCGAGCAGUACCUGCGACAGACACCCUUGUCGGAGGAAGGGGAAGAGGAGGGACGAGGAAAAGGACAAGAGGGGCAAGGACAGAGACGAGGACGAGGGCAAGGACGAGGGCGAGGGCAAGGACGAGGACGAGAGGGGCAAGAAGCAGAAAGAUUCGACCCUCCCGGUUCGACCCGUGGAGCACCCCAAACCCGCGAGACUCCGGCCGACCUGCGGGCUCGGUUGCUCUACGAGGAGCACGGCCGACGGAUGCAGUGCAUGGAGGAGGAACACGAGUGGAAGCGCGAACAGCACGAGUGGCUGCGGAGGGAGCAUCGCAUGCGGAUGCAGAUCCUUCGACUGAAGGGCACGGAGGAGCGAGAGUCGGAGGAGCGAGAUUCGUCUCGGACGAACUAGUUCGUGUCCCUGUGGAUGGGCUGACACAUUUCAACCUUUUCCCCUGCUAUUCCUUCCUAUCAAAAAAAAAAAGAGAGCUAAAUUCAUGUGAUCUGAAUGAAAUUCCUUUCGAGGAUCCACCGCAAAA